AUGGAUCAACUUCCGCCUGCGCAACUGGCCAAGCUGGCCCAAGAGAAUCAAGGUCCUGCAACCAAAGCUAUUGUCAUCGCCUUCACGACCAUUUCGUUCAUCUGCGUCUGCCUUCGCUUCUUUACACGUAUUACGUUCCAACACAAUGUUGGAUGGGAGGAUUAUUCUAUUGCGCUAUCGAUGUGCUUUUCGAUCGCCAUGGCUGUGUGCCAAGUAUACCAGGUCCAAUGGGGGAGUGGAAAGCAUAUGAUGUUCCUCGACUUAGUCGCCGCGGUCAAUAUCCUGAAGUAUCUCUACUUCAGCAUUUUAGCUUACUGCAUCAGCUUGACUUUGACUAAGAUCUCUAUUCUGCUUCAAUACCGCCGCAUUUUCACAUUGCGCGAAAUGCAGAUUCCGAUCUAUGUCGUUUUCGGUAUCUGCGUCGCAUAUGGCAUUGAAUCAGUCACUACUGGUAUCUUUUCUUGCAUUCCUGUGGAUGCAUUCUGGGAAGUGACGAAAAAACCAACUGCCAGGUGUCUGAACGAGAAUGCGUUAUAUUACGCCAAUGCCAGCUUGAACAUCGUGACCGAUUUGCUCGUUGCUGUCUUACCCGUGAAGGCCAUUUGGGAUUUGCAGAUACCAAAGAUGCAGAAGAUCGCGGUAACGAUCAUCCUGACCCUCGGUUGGUUCGUCUGUAUUGUCUCAAUCCUUCGCCUGCACGCCUUGGUUGUUCUGGCUCAACAUCCAGAGGAUACGACCUGGUACAGCACCGCCACCGCAUAUUGGUCCACCAUCGAAGUCAAUCUCGCAAUAGUUUGUGCUUCUACUCCUGCUCUCAAGCUGCUCGUCGUUAAAGUCAUUCCAGCCUUCUCUACACGAAAUGGCAGUUGGGGAUAUGGUCCCAAUUCCGGUACGAAACAGAACAAGAGUGGAAAGUUUGUGGAACUCAGCAACAAAAUCCCCCCCUCGACUGCGAUGGAAGACUUCGAGUUGGGCGACACUCCACCGAUCACCGCCUUGCCUGCAGUGAGCUAUGGCCCUGGCAGAAAGGCCAUCUAUGUCCAACAUGAUUUCGAGCGACAUUUUAAGGGAAAUGGGAGGGAUAGCGAGAGUGAGAGUGAGAGGCACCUUGUAUCUAUAUCUUGUAAUGUUAUGGUACGACACUAA